AUGGCCCCUAAGAAGCGGAUCGAAGAGUCGGAAGAGGAAGUUUUAGACUCGCAAGCAGAAUCAUCAACAAGUUUUAUCAGUGAUAUCAGUAACAACUCCAAUUCUAGUAAUAAAAGGUUGCGCCUUAAUGACGAAGGCGAGUCUGUAGUUCCCCUCUUUACUGGGGAAAUUGCUAGACAGCCAGAAGAUGGAUAUCUGUACGGUUCUAUUGUGCGUGUUCAACUCAAGAAUUUUGUGACAUAUGAUUUUGUCGAAUUUUUUCCUGGACCCAAUUUGAAUAUGAUUGUUGGGCCGAAUGGGACCGGCAAAAGUACAAUAGUGUGCGCAAUUGCUCUUGGGUUAGGUUGGAAUACUUCGCUCCUUGGACGUGCCAAAGAAAUUUCUGAUUUUAUAAAACAUGGUGCAGAUAUCGCAGAAAUUGAAAUUGAGCUCAAGUGUCCAGAGAAGAACGUUGUGAUAAAUCGUAAAAUUAAAAAAGAAAAUAAUAGUACGCCGUGGAAAAUCAAUGGACAAAAAGCGACACAUCGAGAAGUGAAUAAAAGGAUCGCGGAAUUAAAUAUUCAAGUUGAUAAUUUAUGUCAGUUCUUGCCUCAGGAUAAAGUGAAUGAGUUUGCACAGCUAUCACCGUCGGAAUUACUUAUACAAACGCAAAAAGCUGUAGGCGAGAGAAAUCUAAUUGAAUAUCAUCAGAAAUUGAUCAAAUUGCGAGAAGAAGAAAAAUCUCUCUUGAUGAGUUCAAAAGCUGAUCGAGAACAAAUGGAAAAUCUUGAAAAGAGAAAUUCUGUUUUGGAACGAGAUGUGAUGCGUUUUCAACAACGAGAAGCAAUCUUAAAGAAUGUCAGGCUAUUUGAGAUGAAAAUCCCAUAUGCUCGAUAUUCUGUCGCCAAGGAUGAAUACACCGAAGCAAAAAAAGAAUAUCAAUCUGCUCAUGCGCAUUACAAUAGCUUGAUACAAGAGAAUGAGCCGGUGAAGCAUAGAAGAGAGGAAUUGGAAAAAGCCGAAAAAACGUCGUCGCUAGAGAGGAAAAAUCUAUAUGAUCAAUAUGUUAAAACCACUCGGCAAAUUGAACUAUGUGCAAAUAAACUGGAGCAAAUGAAACAAAUAAGGCUCUUAAAAAGAGAUGAGAAAGAAAGAAAUAAACGAAUUGCACGUCUUCAAGCAGAGAUUGCUGAAUUAGAGAGCAUUGUUAACGGGCCACCGCCAGCAAUCGAUACAAGCGGUAUUCAACGACGAUUGGAACAAGUAGAUAAUCGUAUUCGAGAGCUUAGGAAUAGUGUCGAUGAACUUCAAUUAAAACAAGAAGAACAUGUUGAUGUAAGAAAUAAUUUUCUUCUUCAACGCGAAAACUUCAUCAAAGAACUCAGACAAAUAGUUGAUGUCACAGAACGACGACUAAGAUCUAUUCAACAAAUUGAUCAUGCAACGUUUCAGGGAUAUCAGUGGGUCCAAACUAACAAGAGCAGUUUCAGAAAAGAAGUAUUAUUACCUUGGCUCACGAUCAAUAUUCGAGAUAUGCAAUAUGUUGAUGUAAUUGAAAGCGCAUUGAAUAUGGGUACAAUAAAGACUUUUGUUUGCCAAACGAAAGAAGAUUAUCAGACACUUACGAGAGAAGUAGUAGACAGACUAAGGAUCAGAAUUAAUGUCGUUUGUUUUGAUCACAAGCAAAUGAAUGACUUCUAUCCGCCUGUUCCUUCUGGACAAUUGAGGGAUUAUGGAUUCGAUUGCUAUGUCUUGGAUCAAAUUGAAGGGCCAGAAGCGGUUUUGAUUGCAAUCUGUCAGAUGUCUGGAAUUCAUUCGAUUCCCAUUGCAAAAAAUGAUAUCGACCAUAGAUUAGUAGAGAGUAGCCGAAAGUUCAAAAAUUAUUUUGUGGGUGAUACACUUUUCAAAAUAUCUUGGUCUCGAUAUGGACAAAAAUUGGCACAAUCAAUGACGAGUAGAAUUAAACCAGCUUCUUUACUAAGAGAUUCAAUUGAUGUUGAACAAAAGCAACAACUUGAGCACCGAUUACGGAACAUUGAUCUCAAAUUAGAAGAAGUUGAACGGGUUUUACGUGACUUUAAUGAAGAAGAAUCUACGAGUCGGCGUGAAUUUGAUGAGUUGCGUGGAAGACGGGAAAAUUUGGUGGAAGAAAGGCGAAAAGCUCAAGCUGCCUUGAAGAAUUUUGAGCGACAGAAACUUACUCUUGAAACCACUAAAGUAAAUCUACAAAAUGAGUUGUCAAAGCCAUCUUCGACUAUUGAUAAUGGUCAAAAAUUAAAGCAAGAAUUACGUCAGAUUGCUCGUAAACGGGCCCAACUUUUUUUGGAAUAUAAGGAAACAUUAGACGAAGGCAUAAAAUUAUUUUCCACACGUAAUUUAGCCGCGUUAAAGCAUUAUCAAAUUACUGCGGAGAUUCAUGCACUUGUAAGAGAGACACAAGAGAAAGAUGAUAGCGUGAGAGAAGCUCGAAGACUUUUCACGAUAGCUGAUACUUUGUUAAAAGAGCGUAAAGAAAAAGCAAAAAAAUUAUACGAGAUUGCUGAAAAUGCUAUUAAAGAUUUGAGUGACGAAGAAAAAGUGGAGUUCCAGGAGCUUACUAAAGGGAUGUCAUUAGAUGAAUUGGAAGAAGCACUUGCCAACGAAAAAGCAAAAGCUGAUCUUCAUUAUGCAACAAAUCCUCAAGUUAUUCAACAGUAUAACGAAAGAUUGGCAGAAAUUAGGAAUUUGAAAUCCAGAGUCGAAUCAUUAGAUACUCGGUUAGCCGAAUUAUCAAGUGAAAUGAAAACAACGAGGGAAAAUUGGGAACCAAAGUUGAAUCAAUUGGUAACACAAAUUAGUCAACGGUUUUCAGAGUCUUUUGAAAGAAUUGGAUGCGCUGGUGAAGUACGAAUAAGUACUCAUGAGGAUUAUGACAAAUGGGGAAUUGAAAUUCUAGUGAGAUUCAGGGAUAAUGAACAAUUGCAUGUUCUGACAGCGCAAAGACAAUCUGGAGGGGAACGAUCUGUAUCAACAAUAAUGUACCUGAUGUCACUUCAAGAACUAGCAAAAGCGCCGUUUCGCGUAGUUGAUGAAAUUAACCAAGGAAUGGAUCCGCGUAAUGAGCGAUUGGUGCAUAGCCAGAUGGUAGAGACUGCUUGUCGACCAAAUACGUCGCAAUACUUUCUAAUCACACCCAAACUUUUACCGGAUCUUGAAUACCACGAUCGAAUGAAAAUUUUGUGCAUUAAUAAUGGAGAGUGGAUACCAGAGAAAAUUGAUUACAAAGGAUAUAUCCAAAAUAAAAUACAGUCCAAGGGAACUUGA